GGUGCGACUUCACCUUCCACACGCUACCACCUGUAACACGCGCUCGCUUUAAUGGCAGCGGAACUACAGCCGCAAGACCCUCCACUCGCAUCCCCCACAGCAACAGCACCAGCACCAGCGGCAGCACCACCAGUGCCACCACCGGUCGGAAUAGCAACCGCCGCCACCACGACUACCACCAUCACCACAGCAACAACAGAACUCCACUUCUCCCAGUUCGAGAUCCCCGGUCCACCCCUAACCUCCAAGCGUCAACGCCGGCCCAGCGUCCGACUAGGCGAGAUCGGCGAUCAAUCUUACGAUUCUCACGCUCGACGUCUCAAGCAAUCCCACCCUCCCGGGCGCUUUUCUAGAGAAUCUACCUCCGCGAAAUCCGUCAAGGCCCGCUCCCUCACUAAUCUUGUUAACGGCGAAGCCAUCCAAGAGAUUGAAGAUAACAAUCAGAACGGAAAUGCCAAGGAGAAUAACACAAAUCUUGAAUUUGCCCAUCGUAAAGCGAAAGCCAAGAGAGGCACCACGAAGAGAGUACGGUCCAAUUGGAUACCAAGACACGAUGACGGAGCCGAGAACAGCAGAGACGACGGAGACGAAGGGUUCAGGGACUUGGAUCCAGACUCAGACAGUCCAUUGAAGGAUCAGAGCCCGGUCCAUUCUGCCGACAACAUGGCCUUUGAUAUGUGGCACCGGAGAGCAGGUUCAGCUCCUGGUGGAGCUAGGGUUUCGGAUAACAACGCUGUAGAAAUGGAUAAUCUGCCGGAGUCUGACAACGAUCGGAGGUACAGCACGAGUGAAGGAGUAAGGACAUGGUUGAUUGAGUUGGGAUUGAGCCGAUACGCUCCCGUUUUUGAGAUACACGAGGUGGAUGAUGAAGUUUUGCCUUUGUUGACGCUGGAGGAUCUUAAGGACAUGGGAAUAAAUGCCGUCGGUUCUAGAAGGAAACUGUAUACUGCUAUCCAGAAGCUUCGAAAGGGGUUUUCGUGAGUCUUCCUUCAUUUUCUUCUUUUAUACUAGCUAAUUCUGUAAACUUCUCCACAGAAGAAAACCCAUUUCAUGGCUGCAAAAGCAACUCUGAAAUGGCUUCAAUGUCUGUCUCUUCAUCUUUUUACUCCUAACCUUGAGAAAAUGGUUCUAUGUUUUUUACUGGUUCCGUAGUUAUCCUUUUUAAGACUACCCAGUUAAUGGAAUUUGCAUUUCUGUAUUUUUUUAUGAGAUGCAUUUUCUAUAUAUAUAAAUUAUGAUAGCGUUG